AUGAAUUCCGAGAAAUCGUCAAACAACAAUGACACCAAGUGGAAUAAGGUCAUGCUAAAUGCAAUAGAGCUUUCCGAAGCUGGAGUUAGAUUUGCAAAGGUCAAUCAUACGACGACAAGUUUAUUUGAUAUAAAGUUUGAGAAUGGAUUGAUGACAAUACCUUAUAUUGAUGUGGUAGAUAGUACUGAAACCCUCCUAAGAAAUUUCAUUGCUUAUGAGCAACAAUCAACUGAUUUACAAUAUUUAUAUUUCAGUGAUUAUGCAAUUUUUAUUGAUCAUCAUAUCGACUCAGAUAAAGAUGUGAGUUUGCUUCGCCGUAAAAAAAUCAUAGCAAACUGGAUAGGAGAGGACAAAGAAGUGGCUAGCCUCUUCAACAAAAUCGGAAAUGGGGUCACUACAUAUUCCAACUUCUAUUACAGAAAAGUAUUCUUAGAAGCAGCUAAACAUUGUGAUGAAAAACCAUGGAAUAGAAUGAUGGCAAAUUUGAAGCACAAUUAUUUUAGUAGUCCUUGGGUAGGAGCUUCAACUAUGACAACCGUCAUACUUCUCAUACUCACAGUUAUACAGACUAUUCUAGCUAUCAUAAGCGCCUUUAAAGGUAAGAAGUAA